UUUUAGCUUUGUAGCAUUUUAGGUUAUUCACUGGAUUUGAACUGCUGCGCUGUAAAACAAAAAAACAAAAAAAAAAAAAGGAAAAAUGGGGGUGUUGUAAAACUUUUGACAGUGUACAAAAAUAAUGUUAAAUACACAAACAACUUGUGCCAGUCCGAAAAGAGAGAAGCAUCAUCCGGAUAAACUGUACGGAGCUUACCUAGCUAAGACGACCUCCUAGUGGUUUAGUUUAAAUGUACAGUUUACUUUCACUGGGCGGAACUCUUGUGAAUUUGGCCCCUCCUCUGCAUAGUGAAGACCCUGACGUAGUCGUUCGAGGGUAGCAACAGUUGCCUCGAGACCCCGUCGCGCCAUAGUGACUGUAGCCGUGGAGACAGUUACUUACCAACGGGCGCAACACUCAGCAACAGCAGCAGGAGCAUCUGGAAGUCAGCGAACGAGUGGUAAAAAGAGGAAAGAGAGCAAAGCCAGGGCAGAACUUUUCUCAAGGCAAAGCAUGCAGAGCUCCGAGGGAGGGUCAGAAACCACGACCAACGUGGCAGCGCUGCGGACGUCAUCAUCAGCCCAGGCCCCUGUGGUACAGCCUGUCCCAGCCUCCCAGCAGAGGGUGCUGGUUCAAUCCACAGGCUCAGCUCAGAAGGGAGGACAAGUACAGCAGCUUUCAGUACCCAGGGUUCAACAGGUCCCGCAGCAGGUGCAGCAGGUGCAACAGGUCUACCCAUCCCAGGUCCAAUAUGUAGGAGAAAGCGGCGAGACUGUUUAUACCAAUGGAACUAUCCGAGCGGCCUACUCCUACAACCCAGAGGCUCAGUUGUAUGGGCAGAGCAGUGGGGGAACAUACUUUGACUCGCAGGCCAGUGGGGCUCAUGUCACCACAGUGGUCUCCUCUGCCAGUGGUGGGGUGCCCCCUCAUGGCAUGGUGGGCAUUGCCAUGGACGUGGGCAGCAGCCACAUCAUCUCCAGCGGCAGCACCUACCUGAUCCAUGGAGGAAGCAUGGAGGGAAGCCGCAACCACAUAUCACACUCAUCACGCUCCUCCUCGGCUAUGCUUGAAAUGGCGAUUGAAAACCUCCAAAAGUCUGAAGGAAUUGCAAGUCACAAAAGCAGCCUGCUCAACAGCCAUCUGCAGUGGCUGCUGGACAACUACGAGACAGCCGAGGGGGUGAGCCUGCCCCGGUGUUCUCUGUAUAACCAUUACUUGCGGCACUGUCAGGAGCAGAAACUGGAUCCGGUCAACGCAGCCUCCUUUGGCAAACUCAUCCGAUCAGUCUUCAUGGGCCUAAGGACCCGUCGCCUUGGCACCAGAGGCAACUCUAAGUAUCAUUACUAUGGCAUCCGUGUGAAGCCAGACUCACCGCUUAACCGCCUGCAGGAGGACACCCAGUACAUGGCCAUGAGGCAGCAGCCUGUCCACCAGAAACAGAGGUCAGCACACUUGACUGGCCAGUUUUACACAUUUGUCACAGCUUUUCAGAGGUUUAAACCUCUCCAGAAGGUACAUGGGAUGUCUGACAGCCUGUGUGGUAGCUCUCAGCACUGUAACAGCACUCCAGAACAGUCGGUGGCGGCUCAGAGCCAACACCACCAGCUGUACAUAGAUACAGCCCAUACGUUGCCUCCAUUUCCCUCUCCUGAUUUGGGCACUCAGCCUCUGCCUGAGCGCAUCAACAUGAAUGACAUCAAGAAGCUGCAGACACUGUAUAGAGACCAUUGCGAGGCUACUUUGGAUGUAGUGAUGAACCUCCAGUUUCACUAUAUUGAGAAACUCUGGCAGACCUUUUGGUAUUCAGCACCGCCAUCUAGUGACGGAAGCACAGCCAUCCCCAACAGUGAUGAUGACCUGGAAGGUGUGAUCCCCAGAGAGAAGCUGCUGGCUCUGUGUAAAUAUGAACCCGUGAGACUGUGGAUGAGGAGCUGUGAUCACAUCCUCUACCAGGCACUGGUUGAGAUCCUCAUCCCAGAUGUCCUGCGUCCUGUACCCAGCACUCUCACUCAGGCCAUCCGUAACUUUGCCAAGAGUCUGGAGAGCUGGCUGACCAACGCUAUGACCAGUUUUCCUCAAGAGAUUGUCCGCACCAAGGUUGCAGUGGUCAGUGCAUUUGCCCAGACUCUGAGACGUUACACCAGUCUGAACCACCUGGCCCAGGCAGCCCGUGCCGUCCUUCAAAACACCUCCCAGAUCAACCAGAUGCUCUCUGACCUUAACCGGGUGGACUUUGCUAACGUCCAGGAGCAGGCAUCAUGGGUGUGUCAGUGUGACGAGAGUGUGGUUCAGCGUCUGGAGCAGGACUUUAAAGUCACCCUGCAACAGCAGAGCUCCCUGGACCAGUGGGCUACCUGGCUCGACAACGUGGUGUCUCAGGUGCUGAAACCCCACCAAGGCAGCCCGAGCUUCCCCAAAGCUGCACGCCAGUUCCUGCUCAAAUGGUCUUUUUACAGCUCCAUGGUGAUCAGAGACCUGACUCUGCGCAGUGCGGCUAGCUUUGGCUCUUUCCACCUGAUCCGUCUUCUUUAUGAUGAGUACAUGUUUUACCUGGUAGAGCACCGUGUGGCUCAGGCCACAGGAGAAACUCCUAUUGCUGUAAUGGGAGAGUUCAGUGAUCUGAGCUCUAUGAUGCCAUCAUUAAUGGAAAAAGACACAUCCUUUUCUGAUGAGAUGAGCGACCUGGGCAGCGAUGCGGAUGCAUCCAGGGGCCCCACGGAGCCAGCUGUAAAGAGAGAGAGGAUCGAAAUGAGCCACCCUCUACAGGAGAUAUGAGUCCAGUCCAAACGCCAUGAGGACCAGCAUCACUCUCUAUACAAGGUGACUCUAAAGUGGCUUUUGGAGCCUUUUGGGACACAGUGGCUUUCAGCUCAAGUGUUCUUCUGCAGUCAGUGUGUGCAAUGUAUAUAGACGAGUAGCAAUGUCAGUCCUCCCCACGCUAGCAUUUGUAAAGACAGUGACCUUUGGCUUGGGCCGCUCACAUCUUAUUUUUUACUCAUACGUCUGAUAUUUUUUCGAUUUUUGUUGCAACUGUGAAUACCUUUUGUGGAUGUGCAACUUUGAGUGGUGGUGUGUGGUGAUUGUGAUUCUUUUUUUUCCAAUUUAAACUAACUGUGCCAUAGUGUCAUUUGAGUGCCUUAGAUUGCUAACUUUGGAACCACCACUACAGAUGUCUAUCUGUCCUCAGCUGUGCCUCUACUGCAGUAUGAAUGUAUUGUCUCCAAACCUCAGACAUUCAAAGCACCUUUAACAUUGAUUAGGUGUAGGUGUGUACUCCUUGUUGCCUCCGCUGCAGCUUGCAGCAAGCACGUGGGGGAAAAAAAACAAAAAAAACAAUGAACAUGCAACCUUGUUGACCCAAAGGACCUUUCCCUCAGUUGUUCCCACCAGCUCAGCCAUACGUGGCUGUCAGGCCUCAUAGUCUCAUAGUAGUCAGGAAUACAGGGAACAGUCUCUUACCCGUCUAACAUGUUGGUGUGUUUACCUCAAUAGAUUUCUAUGCUGUGCUCUGUUCACCUCAGAUGACAUGAGGCAAGUAUUAAAAAAAAAAA